AUGUAUCCUACAGACUCUCCUGAGAGAAGUGGACAAAAUCACUUUACAAACGAUACUGGAGACGAAAAGACUCAUAAUUCUAGUGCUCUUUCUUAUAACGAUAAUGCAACUAAUCCAACUGUAUACACAAAUACGUUUAUGACUUCUUUUAACGACAAUGAACGAUUCUAUUCAAGAGUUGUUGGUCAAGUCUACUCUAGAGAAAUGGUAACAAUUUAUGGUAAUCCUCCAGCAAAUUUUUGGAAUCCAAGUCCAGUCGUUGGCAAGUGUUAUUUUUGUAAUUCUGCUAUAAAUCCGCAAGAUAUCGAUACGAUUACUUGCAACUCGGCAAAUUGCAAUAUUUAUUCCCAUAUUGGGUGCUUAAUGAAAAGUGGACUUCAUGAUUUCAAUAAAUCAUGGCACUGUCCAAAAUGUAUGCCACCACGUCCUCCCAUAAGACAAAUGGAAUCAUUAAAAGACGAUAAUAUUGAAGCAAAUCAACCUCCACCGGUAAAUCCUUUGCAUUUGCUAUUGGAAGCAUCGGACCAAAUACAAUCAGGUUCUAGGACUCAAAUUACCCAUAUAAACGACAUCAAUGAACCGUCUUUUACACCUUUAGUGAAUUCAUCUACGCAGCUUAUUGAAAAUAAUGGUAUUUCAACACGACCAAAACUUAUGACUCCCGAAGAAUUUAUUUUUCAGCCUAUUCAUGGUGACUAUUCGGAUGUUAACAAUACUAAUAAUGAUGAAAAUGAAAAAGCAGAUAUUGAAGAAAUUUUACCCUCAAAAUUUGAAAUUCAAUACGCUUUAUACGAAGAAGAGCGAAAUAAUACUAUACGCAAUCUUGAAAGAACACGUACACGACAAAAUCAGGUUACCAAUGCGCUUAAAGAAUCAGUUGCUAGACUCUCACGGGAACACGAUAAACAACUCGAAAGAUACGAAUCCUUAGAAAAAGAUAACGAAAAACUUAAUAAUGCUUUAUAUAAAUUAAAACUUGCGCUUAUUCCAUUGGCUCAAGAAAGACACGUGUUACAAAUCUUACGUAAACAGAAUGAAGAUUUGCAUGAACAGGAUAUCGGUCAAGACAACGUUUUGCAAUUAUUCUUGAAGAUCGGUACCACCUCAAAACCUUCUAAUGCAAUUGCUUCUACUUCAAAUAUACAUAAUUUACCUACAAUUGGUUCUUCAUUAUAUGAAAGAUGCCAGAAAUGUUCAAAGAUUGGUGGACAUUUAGUUUCUUGUGUGAAUUGCCAUAUUAUUCAACAUAUUGCUUGUUGUAGUAAAGGAGAGAAACCUUCCAUGGAAACGAUAGACAUUCGAUGGCAGUGUAUUAAUUGCAGAAAUGCUAAUCCAAAACGUAAAAAUUAUACGGAUAACACAGACAUAAAAGUCGUCCCAUCGAGUUUACUUGGUGGAUAUAAACGCAUUAAAGUAUGUAAUCCGACUAAAGAAAACGGCACAAAAUCAAGAAAUAAUUCACCUUUAGAUAGUAUUAGUACUCAAAAUCUUGAUAAUGGUUGUGACGAAGGAGUUUUAUCGCCACAACUUACUCCUCAUAAAGCAGAAACAAAUGAGGGAAAUACAAUAACCAUGGAAGUAAAAAUUAAGGAUCAGCAAGAGUCUACCGAUUUGACGCUCCCAAAUACUCCCAAGUCAGAAGAUAAUGAAAGCGAUGAUAGCAAUCGAGCUCCCCCAUCAGAUAAUGGCCCGGAAGCAACUAGACAACCAGCGCGUUUUGACGGGGAUAUGUAUACUCCUCGGUGGGUACGUGGAGUUGGUAAGUCAAAGGAAGGACUUUGUCCUCAUUGUGAGCCUGUGCGAUGGCUUAAAACUAAGAUUUCAGCUUAUUGGUAUCAUCUCAAUUAUCAACAUGGGAUUUCUUCUAUUACUGGAAGACCAUUUACACAACCUACUUCAGAAAGAGUUAAUAAAAAAACUGGUAUGAAAGAAGCGCUUUGUCACAAGUGUAAUAAAUGGAUUUUAAAUCAAUCACCACGUGACAAGGAUGUUUUAGUCCCCGAGAUUUAUUGGUAA